UCGGACACUAGCUAACACAACUCAGUAUGCUGCCAGCUGUCAGCCGCAACAGAUCGUAUAUAGAAGUGAAAUGGCCACCAGCAAGUGGGAAUCCGAUGAGGAGAUACAGUACUUUCGCGAGUAUCUGCGCAUCCCAAGUGUUCAUCCCGAUCCGGACUAUGCACCAUGCGUCGAAUUUCUCAGGCGACAGGCAAAUCUGAUGGAUUUGCCAAUGAAGGUGUAUUACCCAGCAAAUGAAAAGAAUCCCGUGGUGGUUUUGACAUGGAAGGGACUCAAUCCCGAGUUGCCCAGCAUUCUGUUGAACUCCCAUAUGGACGUGGUUCCCGUAUUCCCAGAAAACUGGACUCACCCACCAUUUGGAGCAGACAUCGAUGAGGAGGGUCGCAUUUUUGCCAGGGGAACACAAGAUAUGAAGUCCGUGGGAAUGCAGCAUCUCGCUGCAGUUAGAGCGCUAAAAAGAAGUGGAGCGAAAUUUAAACGCACUAUCCACAUCUCUUUUGUGGCGGAUGAGGAAAUGGGCGGUCGCUAUGGCAUGAGACCUUUUGUGCCCACUGAUGAUUUCCGUGCUCUUAAUGUGGGAUUUGCAAUGGACGAGGGCUUGGCUUCCCCCGAUGAUCACCUUCCUCUUUUCUAUGCAGAGCGAGCAGUUUGGCGUGUAUAUUUUAACAUCAGUGGGACUGCUGGUCAUGGAUCGCUUUUGCUGCCCAAUACUGCUGGUGAAAAGCUGAACUAUAUAGUCGGAAAGAUGAUGGAGUUUCGUAGGACUCAGGUCCAAAGAUUGCAGAAUAAUCCAGAGUUGGUCAUUGGCGAUGUAACGACCAUUAAUUUGACCAAACUUGGUGGCGGAGUUCAGAGCAAUGUGGUGCCUCCCUUGCUGAUGGUCUGCUUCGAUUGUCGUUUGGCUUUAGAUGUGGAUUUUGAGGAGUUUGAGGCUAAUCUCCACAAAUGGUGUGCCGACGUGGGUGGUGGCAUCGAGAUCACUUACGAACAGAAGCAACCUAAAGUCCCGCCCACCGCCAUCGAUGAUAGUAAUCCCUUCUGGCUCGCUUUCAAGAAAGCUACCGAUGAGAUGCACAUUUCCAUCAAACCGCAAAUAUUUACGGGUGGAACUGACAGCAGAUACAUUCGUGCCGUUGGCAUUCCAGCUUUGGGCUUCUCACCCAUGAAUAAUACACCUGUACUGCUCCACGAUCACGAUGAGUUCAUUCAGGCGGACAUCUAUCUGCGCGGUGUGCAGAUAUUUCAGAAGAUAAUUAGCAACGUUGCGAAUGUCUAGUUAAUGCCUUUUAUAUGCUGUAUUUUUGUUUGUUUUAUAUGAUAACAGUUAUAAGAUAAAUAAACUCCUUGAAAUAAUGGA